CGAGUACGCACCAGUGGUGGUUAGCAACAUUCUCUCUACAUCCAUGCUAGCAACCAGCACAGACUACCGUGCAGAAAAAUAGUUUUUUCACCUUCAUUUGAACACUGAGAAGAACUUUUCCGCUUGACAGGAUAUUGAUGUCAUUUGGUGGAAUCCAAAACGGCGGUCGCCGCAGCAAAUGGGACCAGCCCGGCCCCGGACCCUGCUCCGGUGGGAUGGGGGAGGCAGAGUCUGCUCCCACCGGGGCUCUGGAUGCUGCAGCUGCGGUGGCUGCCAAGAUCAAUGCUAUGUUAGUAGCUAAAGGAAAACUGAAACCCUCACAGAUAGGCGUCCCGGGACCCCCUGACAAGGCUGUGGGUGUCUGGAAGCCUCCAGUUCAAACAAAAGCCAAAGAUGACCUGGUCGUCGCUGAGGUGGAGAUCAACGACGUCCCGAUCAACUGCCGGAAUCUGCUGACACGUGGACAAACUCAGGAUGAGAUCAGUAAAGUGAGUGGUGCUGCCGUAUCAACCAGAGGCCGUUACAUGGCGGCAGAUGAGAAGGGCAAAGCGUUACCAGGGGAUCGACCUCUGUAUCUGCAUGUCCAAGGACAGACUAGGGAGCUUGUCGACAGGGCAGUUAACAGAAUCAAGGAGAUAAUCACCAACGGUGUGGUGAAGGCUGCAACUGCCUCAUCAUCCUCUUCAUCUUUCCCCCCUGGUGGGGCUUCAGUCACAGUUUACCAGCAGCACAACCUACCUCCUCCAUCACUGCCCCCCAUAACCCACCACAAACCACACUUUCAGUCCGGGAUGCAUUAUGUUCAAGAUAAACUCUUUGUGGGCCUGGAGCACGCUAUCCUGGGGUUUGUGGUCAAAGAGCGUGUGGAGGGCCCCGGGUGUUCGUACCUGCAGCACAUCCAGGCGGAGACUGGGGCCAAAGUCUUCCUCAGAGGAAAAGGAUCAGGCUGUUUAGAGCCUGCUUCUGGACGAGAGGCCUUUGAACCCAUGUACAUCUACAUCAGUCAUCCUAAACCAGAAGGACUUGCAGCAGCAAAAACUUUGUGUGAGAACCUGCUUCAGACGGUCCAUGCAGAGUAUUCCCGCUUUCUCAAUCAAAUGAGCUCAAUGAUGCCAACACAACAAGGCUUUGCUCAGCCUCAAAUGGUGAAUGGAAUGCCUCCGCAGCCUCCGUAUUACCCCCCAGCUGGAUACCAGCAAGGCUACGCCAUGCCUAUACCACCACCUCAGCCACAUCCUGUCUCUCUCCCUUACACUGUCCCUCCCCCUUUACAUCCUGCAGGCGUGCCUCCUCAGUACUCCCUCCCCCCCGCCCCCCUCCCUGCUCCCUCACACUCCCUCGCUCCGGCUCCUGCCCUUGCACCUCCUGCUUCAGGCACGAUGCCACAGACUCUUCCUCCUGUACCUUUUCCUCCAUCAGCUGCAGCGCCACCCAAAGCUCCACCUGCUGCCGCUCCAGUCAACCCACCUCAGAAGAGACGCUUCACAGAGGAGGUCCCAGACGAGAGGAACAGCGGCCUACUCGGGUACCAGCAUGGACCCAUUCAUAUGACUAAUUUAGGUGCAGGCUUCCCAGUGGGCAGCCCGGAGACUGCAGGACCCCCAACACAGAGUUCCUCUGGCCCACCGAGUGAGAGGGACAGUCGGCAGCUAAUGCCUCCACCCCUGCUGCCUGUGAACGGAGUGAGACCCAAGAUGGAGGAGAAAAGAGCACCGCAAGGCCCCGUGGAGCCCUCGGUGAAGAGAAUGAAAACUGGUUUGGUGGCGUACAGCGGCGACUCCUCUGAUGAAGAGGAGGACCACUCAACCUCCAAAGCCUCAUGGCAAGGUAACCCUGGGGCAGCCCCCCCCUCCUCCUCAGGCUGGACUCAGGGCUACCACUGCCCUCCUCCACCGCUCCCCCGUGCUAAAACACAGCCACAGCAGCAGUCCAUGCCUUUCUGGAUGGCCCCCUAAAACAGGAAGAAUCUAAACUCCCUCAGUGCGUUGUGCCGAGUCUUACAGGAUGUUCACCCAAACCGUCUUUUUUCCUCCACUCAUCACAGGGAUGACUCCCUACGUGUUGGUUGCAGCAUUGACUUAGUGCUUGGGUCGAAAUGGGCAUUCUAAUGUUUUGGAGGACUGUUUGUUUAGCACACUAUAGUUUGAGGAUGAACACUUGCAGGAAGGACAAUCCAAAAUAUUUUGUGGCUGUAUAGAGAUGGUCCGCUGAGCGAUAUUCUGCCUGCAGUUUUAUUUAGAAUGGUCCGGAAAACAAUGCCAAGUGAAGUGUUGGAAAGUGUUACUUUGUUACAAAACAAUAUCUAAAGGCAUUGAUGUUGCACAUCACUUAUCACUUUUUCUUUUUAUCCCUAGUACAGCUUUUUGUACUUUGUCACCCCCUUUCCUUACUCCCUGCCCUGAAGUCAGUGACACCAACUCUUCCUUUUCUGGUGAUUUUGUACAGAUCAUAUUGGACUAAUAUGUAGUAAACCUAUUUAAUUUAUUUCAUGCUUUUAUGAAAUAAAUAAACUUAAUUUAUUGCUGUGUUUGAGCUUGUC